CUGAGUGCUCCUCAGUAAUAAUUAGUCGACAGCUUCAGCGUCACUCUGUUGGAUACUCGUUAUAUAAAUAUUGACUCAAGAAAGAAAAACCAAACUAGUUGCAGCACCAGUUCGAAAUUUGGUGUAGAAAGUUCUUCAUUAAAAAAAAACAAUGGAGAAGUUCUACUUGCUCGUGGCACUUUUGGCGUUGGGAGGAUCCUGUCUGGGCGACGAAGUUAACGAGAAUGACACCGAUUCCGGAGUCUAUUCCUACACGACAAACUUUUUCACGGUCCCACUGGACCAUUUUAGUUUCGCGAGACGAGAAACGUUUAAAAUCCGCUAUCUAGUAAAUGACACGUACUGGGACAAGAAGAACAAUGGUCCCAUAUUUUUAUACACGGGGAACGAAGGGUCGGUGGAGGCCUUCGCGGAAAAUACUGGUUUCAUGUGGGACAUCGCGGAAGAGUUUGGGGCCGCCCUGGUGUUUGCGGAACAUCGAUUUUAUGGCCAAUCUUCGCCACCAGACACGUUAAAAUACAAGUUGGAGAACAGCAAGAUUCGAAUCAUGGGCUAUCUAACGGUUACACAAACAUUGGCAGAUUUCGCAAAAUUGAUCACUGCAUUCAAGGAGGAAAAUGGGGCUGAAAACAGUCCCGUCAUUGCGUUCGGAGGAUCGUAUGGGGGCGUUUUAACGGCAUGGUUGAGAAUGAAGUAUCCUCAUGUUGUUGCAGGAGGAAUUGCGUCGUCGGCCCCCUUCUAUCUUGGGAACGUUCCCUGUGAGACGUACGACGCGUCUUUGGCAUCCAUCUUUGGUCAGAACGGUAACGGUAAUUGCGUCAACGUCAUUAGAAAAUCGUGGAGCUAUUUGAACCAUCUUGGCAAAACGAGCAAAGGCCGAAAAUGGCUGACAAAAGCGUGGAGAAUGUGCGAUCCUAUCGAGAAGAUGGAUGAUGUCGAUAGUCUCAAAAAUUGGUUGGAGUCCAUGUAUGGUUUUCUUGGAAUGGCCAAUUAUCCCUAUCCUGCAAACUUUCUCCAGGAUCUUCCUGCUAAUCCGGUUAAGGCGUUCUGCUCAGAGCUGCAAGACACGGAUCCUACCAAUGAAAAACAAGUCAUGAGAGACAUGUUCCAGGCCAUCAACAUCUACAUGAACAAUUCUGGAUAUGCAACUUGCUUCGACUAUUCAGAUGACAGCAUGUACUCCACGAGCUACAGUUCUAAUGAUGAUACCGCUUUCAACUAUCAGAGCUGCACAGAACUAAUCGAUCCCGAAUGUGAUGAUGGCGUCCACGACUUUUUCGAACCCCAAACCUGGGACUUUGCCGAAUUUGCUCAGCAAUGUUACGACACUUACCACGUCAAACCGGACGCGUCCAGGGUGAAUCUUUUCUUCGGGGGGAAAGACAUCAUCGCGGCGUCCAACAUCGUCUUCUCCAACGGUCUCCUGGACCCCUGGUAUGCCUACGGCGUUCUCGGUAACUUGUCCGACUCCCUGAUCGCCGUCAUAAUUCGUGAAGGGGCGCAUCAUCUCGACCUCCGAGCCGCAAAUGAGGCUGACCCACCGUCCGUCGUGACUGCGAGAAAUCUGGAAAAAACUAUGAUUAAACAGUGGAUCUCACAGUAUCACGAGAAUCAAGUCAAAAUACAAAAUGUUUUUGCCCAAUUUUAAGUCAUUAUGCAAAAUAAGUCUUUGUUUCGAAAUCUAAUAAAAUGUUUUUUUUUUGGGUUUGUAAA